AAGAUCUUUUAGCAUUAAGCAUUUGCAUCAGUUGACAUUCUCGUCGCUAAGUGGUGGUUUAUACAAAUUUGUGACUGGACCUCGAUUUUUCUUGAAGAUUUCAAAAAAAGAUGUCGUACAAAAUCGAAGCAUUGCCAAAUUCCUACGCCGAAUUGGGUGAAGGUCCUCAUUGGGAUGUGGCCACACAGAGCUUGUACUAUGUGGAUAUUCCUUAUGGCAAAAUCAACCGCUACGACUACAAUGAGAACAAAGUCUACAAGGCUCAAAUUGAGAAUGAAACUUUGGCUGGAUUCAUUGUUCCCGUCGAGGGUGCCACCGAUCAGUUUGUUGUAGGAGCUGGACGUCGUGUUCUUGUAAUCACCUGGGAUGGUGUCGCUCCCACUGCCACAGUCACCAAGACUCUAUUUGAGGUCCAACAGGGCGAUGAUCGUUUCAAUGACAAUCGCUUCAACGAUGGCAAAUGUGAUCCCAAAGGACGUUUGUUUGCUGGCACCAUGAAAUAUGUGGGCGAUGAAUUUGAACAUCGCUAUGGUGAGUUGUACAAAUACGAGAAGGGCGGCAAAGUUGAGGUUGUCAAGAGCGAUGUGGGUAUUUCCAACGGUUUGGCCUGGAAUGAGAAAACCAAGAAAUUCUACUACAUUGAUACCACCGAUUAUGAGGUCAAGGAAUACGACUACGACUUUGCCCUGGGCAAAGCUAGCAAUCCCAAGGUUGUGUUCAAUCUACGCAAGACGAGUCCCAAGGAUCAUUUGUUGCCCGAUGGCAUGACCAUUGAUGCCGAUGGCAAUAUUUAUGUUGCCACCUUCAAUGGACAUACCAUUUACAAGGUGAACCCCUCCACUGGAAAAGUUUUAUUGGAAAUUAAGUUCCCUUGCAAACAAAUCACUUCUGCCGCUUUUGGUGGUCCCAACUUGGACAUUCUCUAUGUUACCACCUCGUCGCGCAAUAAUGAGCCCGAACCCGCUGGUACAACAUACAAGGUCACUGGCUUGGGAGCCAAAGGUCUGCCUAUGGCUAAAGUACAGCUUUAAAUGCAUAAGAAACUCAACACGUAGAUAAGUUUGGUACGCACACACAUACAAAAAAUACAAUAUACGAUUUACAACAUAUCGUUUAAGGUCCAAAUGCAGGAAUACAAUUUUAUUUUCGCAAUAAACAAAAAAUGUUAUCAUAGAAA